AGAUGUCGAGCUCGCAGCGUAUGCGAAAGUCCUCGCCAUGCUCGAAGCAGGGCCCGAUGCGCGCCACCCUGCCCGUGAGCUCGCUCAUGAGGCAGGGUCGGCAGAGCAGCAGUCUUCGCAAGAGCAACAGCAACAGUCCCACCGUCUCGCCGACGAACGCGGCCGUCUGGCGGGCGCGCAUCUCGCCGGAGACGUCGUCUUCCUCGGGACAGCGGAGCCCCGGAUCCCUGUCCUACAAAGCCAAAUCAAAAACACUGAGCGGCCGCUGUAGCGAUAGCUUAAGUGGAAGCCAGAGCAUUCGACGGACCGCAUCUCUAGACACCAUCUAUCUGAAGGGACAAUGGCCACGUGACUCCUAUUAUAUGCAUUCCAGUCUUCUGGUGGACAAAUCUACUCAGACGGAAGAAUGUUCCAAUGAGCCAAGAAAAAUGCAUACUCGUCAUCCCACAGAACAAGCUGUCACCGAUGAGAAAUUGGAGAAGAAUUACUUCAGGCAUCGAUUACAACGUACAAAUAAGGAAGGUACUAGCAGUAGAGAGCGGACAGCGGCAUUCGGGCUAAUAAUGCCAGGUGGCCCACCACUUCCUGGAGACCACUCAGUACUUUUGCCCAGUACAGUUGCUUCACAGACAUCCAUGCACAAUCAAUUUAGCUUGAGUACAAAAGCAAGUCCCAUGAAUAUCCCGGUGAAACCAAUAAGGCCUCCAAUGCGUUCGUCUAUCGAAGGACUCAAUCAAGAAAUUGAAGGACUCGUGCUCAAAAACACAGCCAAUAAUAGUGAUGCAGACCAUCCAGUAGAAGACAAGUAUGCACGGUAUCGCGAGCAAAUCACACCCGAAGGACAUCGCGCCCCUCUAGCAGACUUAUUGCGGGCUACUCGGAGUGUCAACACACAAACACCGGCUACCGAUCUUCCCUCCAGUUCUUAUUCUUCAGGCCCUCCAUCUAGGAAUUCUGAGUCUCCGCUGAUUCCUGGUGUUAUGGAUGCAUCCCGUCCACCUAGCGAUCUCUUACAAGGUGGAAGCCGUGGUUCAACUCCUGAACAAGAUAGAGAAGGACGUCUCGGCACUUCUCCUCACAUUAACAGGUUCCUCGCGAGGGAACCGCCCGAUGGCUGUGAGAAAGUCAACCUCAAAUUUGUGGAAGAUGCGAGGCGGCCCAUGAUAGAUUUGAGCAAACUAGACUAUUGCCCAAAGCCGUGCGUUCCAGCAUUCCAGUUGAAACCCAGCUUGGGAUCAGCGUUCCUGCCAUUGCAACAGCCGGCCAGUCCGACAAUGGUCGCCAGUGCAUCACCCUCCGCGCAUACAACACCGACCACACCUCCUCCAAAUCCAUAGUCCCACUCUUUACCUUGCGGUGUUACACUUAUAAGCUCGAUUAGUAUAUAUACAUAUAUAUAUUUUUUUUUAACGACCUUGUGGGUAGAAAGUGAUUUACUUCGAGAUAAAGGCAUAUAACGACAAAGAAAAGUUACCGAACAAAAGAAAAAAAACAGAACAGCCUGUUCCCAGUGCGCCCCGUGCGAAACAUCGUGCGGACAUCGUGGAUUGUGUAAUUAAAAAAGAAGUUGCAGAUGCAUCGAUAAAAGAAAGAGAAGAGUAUUGGAAGGCAUUCGAGCUCCGUUAUGAUGGUCGAAACAAUAAUAAAAUACGAGGAACAAUAAUUUGUGAUAACUAAAAGAAAAAAAGAAACAAAAAAGAAAAGAAACGACAAAAGGUUUAGGAAUGAACAUUGUGUUCUACAGGGAAAAAAGACUAAUGAAAUUGUGUAUUCUAAAUUUAGUGCUAAAAUGUGCUAAAAACGACUUUAGUUUUGUAUACACGAAAUAAAUAUUCAAGAUGAGAAAAGGUAUUAAAUUUCAUUGUUGGAAUAAACAAAAUUCUACGAAAAAUACAAGGAAGAGAGCACACGUGUUCACAAUAUAUAUAUAUGCAUAUGUACGCAUAUGUAUAUAUACAUUGCUGCUUGUCUCUAUGUUUUAUUAGAUCUUCAUUGCUUUGAAGUAACUCAAUUACAUGAUGACAGAGAUGAAUCACUUGUUAGAAUUUUGUAUCGUUUUGUAUUAUUACUUGUAUGCUAAAAAUAUUCUCAAACUAUUAUUGUACAAGGAGCUAAAAAAAUAAUGUAUCCCUCUGUGUGUAUGCGUGCGUGCGCGUGUCUUUGUUCUUAUAGAAGUGGCUUUACGAAAACCGAGAUUGUUUUCGAGAUAUGAGAUAGAUACGAGCGAUCGCGACUGUCGUGAAAAUUUGGAGCUGCAUAUAAAUACGUUCAUGGAAUUUAUUUUUGACAAACAUAAUUAAGUAAACUCCAAAUUUUGAAACAUAUUGAAAUUGAAAAUUCAAUAUUUGGAAGUAUUUCACUUUAUAUUUGAAAUUAAUAAUGUUUCAUUCUUCUAUUCUAUCUUGUGACAAUACAAUAUAAUUACAAAUGCUUUUGAUUUAUCCUACAACAUUAAAUUACAAUCUGAAUUUGUACAAUCAAUACAACAUACAGUAACAGAUUGAUGAAUGUAUGAUAGAACGAAACAUAAGAAUGAAUAUGUACUGAUGGAAACGACGAGUGAUAAUAGUAUAAAUAUUGACUGACGACAUGUGCUUUCGCUAUGGUAUCAGGUGUGAGUGAAAACGGGUCCCUAAUCUGGCACGGAAGAUAGGUGUGCGUGUAUUUGUAUAGAUGUGGAUGACUAUGCUGAAAACAUAUAACCCACGUCCUAUACAAACGAUCGUAUGCGUGUGUUGUAAUAUCGAAAUCCUGAUUAAGCCAUUCACACGAAUAACUUUGAAUAGGGAUCGAUUAACAAAACAAUUUCAGUAGUAAAGUAUUUGCUCAAACGCAGUCCGAUUAUCAGUUUUUGUUAUAUCUAACUUUACAUUAUAUUAGAUUAAAUAAUUAGUCAUUCAGGUAGAAAAGGAAACGGUUGCUUUCCGUUUGUUGCUUCAAUUGUUGUUGAACAUUUAUCGCAUUAUUAACAGAAAUUUAAAAAAAGAAUAGAUUAUUACAUGAGAUAUAAACGUGAGAGAAAAAGAAGUUGAAAGUUAUUCGUGGGACGGGUUAAAUUAUUGUUUAGUAUACGCAGACAUAGCCACUCAAGAAGUUCAAGUUCAUUUUUUUUUGCUUUCUAAUACGAAAAGUUUUUGCAUACGGUUUUUAUAGUUACUGUCUGUCGGAAAAUAAGAAUCUUGAUAGAGUGUAAAGUCAAGAGCAGAGAGAAGGAACGGUUUUUUAAAUACGAUAGUAAUAUACUUUCUAAUAAUGUAAUGUAUAUCUAGCUACAACAGUGAAGGAAAAAGAAAAAGAAAUGUUAACACAUAAGUACCUGGCACACUGGUCUAUGCUCUCUCUUAUCCAGCUCACUAGGAAGUUCAUGCCUUAGAAUGCGUGGUAAGGUGUGCUACAUAGACAGGAAGGUUAAUCAGAGAGUCAGGAUACACAAAAAAAAUGCACUGGCUAGUUGAAGUGUAAUACAAUACAAAGAUACUGUAGUAUUUACUAGUUUUUAAGGAGAACUUCGUUUUUAUUUAUUUUGCUACAGAUCUAACGACACCACCUCGUAUCACCACUUUGUCGUAACUAAUCUGACAAUGAGUGUGAAGCAACUUUUGAAGGAAAAAAAAAAGGAAGGCGUAUUCAAAUUACGUACUUCAGUCUGCGCUUCGCACCACGAACGGAGAAUGAUUCCGACGUAACACGAUAAUGUAUAAUUAACGUUAAUGAAUAAAAUGAAAGAACAGGUUUUCGUACUUUUUAAUAAUGAGCAGUAGAUGAAAAAGUGAAGUGAUUUCAGCGAACGCUAGCCUCGUUAUUUUCACCGUACACUCUAUCGAAAAAGGCUCCACUCUUUAACCUUCGUGUACUUGCAUAAUGUGUUAUCAUUAUUGUUAGCUUUUGUUGUCAAUUCCGUAAGCAGAGUAACGCGUAAUGAAGACUGCUGGAACUGAGAAUAUUACCUGUUAUUCGGAUAAAAAGAAAAAGAAUCUAAAGUUAAAUAAAUUAGGCUCAAAUCAUACCGAUUACCUAUGAGAACGAGUAUAAAUGUAUACUCUUGUAAUUUAUUAAAUAAUCUCUUUACGUCACUAUUGUUCGGUACAUUCUCUCUACAUAUCUAAAUCUGAGCAGGCUUCAGAAACGGCAAAACGAUUAUGUCAAUUAAAAGUUCAUUUAACCCUAGGACAGUCUACAGAUGUAUCGUUGCAGUAUUUUGCACAAAAAAAAAGAACGAAGAUGAUUGUUAUAUUGUAAUUUGUAAGAUGCUCAGAAUUAUACAAACUUUUCACUACAUAAAAACAUGUAUGUUGUAUAAAAUAUCUUAAAAAAAAGUUUUAUAUACCUGCUGAAAUUAAAUGCAACUUUUAUUCACUGUUUUAUAAUAAAUAUGUAAAACAUUAUUUAUUGUUUUUUUUUUUUACUCUACGAGGACUACUGUCCUGACUUAUGUGCGUAAAUACAAUAUAUGUCUUAUAAAACUUUUCGAUGUACCGAGCAAUGUAUUUGUACUAAUUGAAUAGUGCAUAUAUAUUUGCUAAAAUGAUUGAAGUUAGUUUGACAUUUUCAGUUGAAAAUAACAAAGCUUAUAUGUGAAUGAACACUUUAUUUUAUUCUUUAACAUUUAUAUACGUUAUAUCGACAUGAUUAACGUAAUCACAUUGAUUUGUUUUUUUGAUAAACGUUACGUUUAUCACAUGAUUUGUGUAAUUUCGCCGACUUGAUUUUAUAAAUACGAACAUAUUUGAAUUUUUAAUAUUAACAUAUAUAUAUAUAUAUAAUCGUUUGUCUUAUAAUCUUAGUUGUGACACUCGAUAGAGGCAUUCUCAAUCUAGAAGAGUAUCUUACAAUGCUACUUAUAUUAUACACUAUUGCUUUUUAUUCUAUCUCGUCGAUUGAACGGUGUUGGAAUUCGUUUAGUUUCUAGCUGGUCCUAGGGCUAAAUCAAAAUUAGUCAGUGAAGAGAAAUAGAGCAUGUAAAUAAUAAGUUAACGCUUCUUGUACUAACCAUUUCUGAUACAGAACAUAGUGAUACAUAUUUUCGCAAAAUUAAAUGAAAAGUUGAUUGAUGAAGCAACGACAGCACGUUGGUCAAUGUGUACAUAUUGUGUAUACACAUAUAAAUGUGUACAUAUACAAAAAUAAUUUCAUAUGCUCAUAUUUUCGCAAUAAUUACUUAUCACUUAAUAACUCAUUCUUUUCGCUUACAAGAUGUUCCAGAAUCGGUAUAUAUAUUUUUGAAAUACUAUGGUAAUUGGUGCUAAAUAAUAAUUUUACUUUCACAUUUUCACAUUAAGAAGAAAAUUUAUUUAAAUUUUUAACAAGAAACUAUGAUAUAUAUUAUUCUGGAACAAUCUGUUAAUUCUUGUUCGUUAUCACGAUUUAUUGACUUAUAGUCUUGCAAAUAAAUUUUAAUAUUACGAUACUACUUCAUCCGAUAUAAUAUACUUUAUUAAAUGUCUCUUUUCGCAAUUUUAAUAAAAUUUCAAUAUAUUCUCGAUCAAUUAUCACAAAUGUAUAUUCAGGAAUUGUAUAAAAAUAUAGAAACAAAGUUAGCAUAUUGCGAAUAUUAGAUAAAACUUUGUGCU